AUGGAAAUUUGGAACUUCGGCGGACAAAUCGCCCACGGCUGGGAGGGCCUUCAGGCUACUUCGCCCCCAGGCGAAAGCGCACAGACAAUUGGCGGCGCAACGAAUCACAGCGACCCUAUCAUCGAUGAAGCCCCCGGCACGCUGGAAGACUUUCCUGUUACACCUGUCGAAGGACCCUACAGCUAUUUCGGUCUGUACGACACUGUCACAAACAGUACCCAAGGUCGUCUGCUUGGAGAAGCCAGCACGUUCGUAGACUGGCCUGUGUUCGAUGAACAUCUCGUCGACCCUUCCGUCGGUGAUGGCUUCUAUUCGCAGAUGCUUCCGCAGCUCGAUCCUUUCGAAUUCCUGACGCAGCCUUCCUACCCUACGGCAGGACUUGGCCAGGCCUUCCAGCCUAUCGCGCCCGCUCCCGCUCUGAAUGCUGUUGUUCAGCCAAACAUCAUCACACCGCCGUCACGUGCGCAUGCCGCUGCUCGUCGCCGCACGAUCGAACCGCGCUUUCAUUGCAACAUUGAUGGUUGCACCAAGGCGUACCGCCGUGUUGGCGAUUGCCGCCGCCACAUGCGUAAGCACCAAGCCCCUAACCUUAGAUGCGUUGUCGAGGGUUGCCACAUGAAGUUUGAUCGCAUGGACAAACUUCGUGAUCACGUUCGCCAGGGCCACAAGAUGAACCUGUAA